AUGGUUAAUCAAUCUUUUCACACGACAACAACAUUAUCAUCAAUCACUCCACGUUGGCAGAAUUGCAAUAAUCGCAAUAAUAAUAAUCAUUAUCUUUUAGAAAACAAAAGAAUGUUUCUUUCGUUUCCUCAUGCCAGAGAUAUAGCCAUCUAUGCUGCUGGAUGGUGGAUAUUUAUCGAUGCAAUUAUUUACAAAACUAUUCAUAAUGAAAUUUCUCCAAUUGCAUUCGAGGAUUGGAUAAUGAAUACAAUUGACAAGUCAAUUAUUUCAGAUGAGAUUUAUAGUUAUGGUGAAUCACGUAGGACGCUCUGGAAAGCGCGCCUAUUAAUACUCUUAGGAUUUACAUUGAUGGCUUUUGGAUUAUGUGGUUCAGUGGCUGUAUUUGUAUUGGAUUGUAUAUUAACCGAAGCAUCUGUUCAAUCAAUCCAUUUUGGAAUUGUAAUUGUGGUUCAAAAUUUUUUAAUAGCACAACCACAAGAUGAAGGAAAUGUUUUUCUAUUAGAUGAUGACAGUACUAGUAAUAUCGACUUUAAAAUUAGGGAGGAGGUGGAUUAUGAUGAUUUUGAUAUUUACGAUAAUACUGUAUCAACUUCUAGAGUUCCGGUUACCGUUACUAUUACAGCCAGUGAUAGUGUCGCACCAUUGACCUCAACACCAAAUGAAUCAACAACAAAACCAUCACCAAAACCAACAUCGACAAAUAAAUCAAUAACAGAAUCACCACAUGGAGCAAAAACAACUACACCACCAAAUCCAGAAGCGACUACAAAAUCACCACCUGGAGCAAAAACAACUACACCACCAAAUCCAGAAGCGACUACAGAAUCACCACCUGGAGCAAAAACAACUACACCACCAAAUCCAGAAGCGACUACAGAAUCAUCAUCGCCAGAAGCAAAAGAUAAUACAGAAUCAACAUCAAUAAAAGCAGAAGCAACCACAGGAUUGUCGUCACCAAAUCCAAAAGCAACCACAGGAUCGUCAUCACCAAAUCCAGAAGUAACUACAGAAUCGCCACUUAAUGCAGAAGAUACUACAGGACCAAAAGAAACAGAAUCAUCAUUACCAACAGAAAGAAAUACAGAAUCAUCAUCGCCAGCAAUUUCAACAAUAACGCCAAUGAAGUCAUCAACAUCAUUAACUGAAACGCCAAUAGCAACGACAGCAAGCAACAAUGUAAAAAAAUCACCGCUAUCUAAUAGAUACGUGCAAUUUGCAAUAGCCGUAUCAUUAAUUGUAAUUGGAGAUGGCGAAGAUCGAAGAACGGUGAUUGAUUUGGGAGAAUAUGGACAAACUACUGCUUUCACUCCCACUACCAUCAUUGCAGGAAAUCAUGAUGAUGAAGAACAAGCAAGCUCCUCAUUUUUAAAUAUUCCAUCAGCUGGUGAAAAUACUAUUUAUGGAUCAUCUGGUGGCUCUACUUCUAUGGUUGAUCUGGCAACUGUAUCUCAUCAUUCAUUAGAAACUCAAAGUGACGCACCAUUAAUGACUAGAGACGACACUGAAAUCGACAAUAUUUGA